AUGUAUACCACAGAGAGCUUCCCCCCGCAAAUCAGACGGCUCACACAGCUGGUGACGCUGGACAUUGGCCACAACCCACUCGGAUACGCAAACCUCCGCACACUGUGUGCGCUAACAAAGCUCAAAACCAUCGAGAUGUGCAACAUCGGAAGGACCGUAUCGAAUAUGCCCGAGCUACAGUCGUUGGAGAGUCUGGAAGUAGUGGAUUUGGCCCAGAACGCACUCACGGCGAUACCCUCAUGUCUGUACAUGCUGGAUCGGUUGCAAACCCUCGGCCUGGCGAAUAACAGUAUCACUUCGUUCCACCUGCCCACGGAUUCUGUGGUUUGGCCCCUUCUGCGUCUUCUGGACCUGUCAUCAAAUGCGCUCAAGCAACUGCCCGACAACAUCGGUAGUCUCGAACGUUUGCAGAAGCUGUUCUUGGCUGACAAUGCUCUUGUCGGCAGCAUGCUCCCAGAGUCUAUAGGUCAGCUUCAAUAUUUACACACACUCCGUCUGGACUUCAAUCCCCUCGGGUCUCUAUCCGAGGUCACGUGUGAGAGCUUCAGAGCACUUCGAGCACUGCAUCUGCAGAGUACAGACCUCACGAGUUUGCCAGUGAUCAUCUACGACGUCUGGGAGAACCUGCACGUACUGGAUGUGUCCGGCAAUUCGGGCCUGAAGAUGCCCCGCAAAGUGGCGAGCGAGGAUCGAUUUUACCUUGUGGACUUCUCAAGAGCGGGCAACGUGUCUGCGAAUCAAAUCGACGACGAAGAAGCCGUGGUGGAAGAACGCGCGUGUGUUGUCACGCUUCAGACGAAACGUACUGAUAGCAAGCGUGCUAUCGAAAAACAAGUCCCGGAUAAAGUCGGCUCAAAGGGGAAAGCACUGCAACUCAAGCUCAACGGACACAAAGCACAGACACCCAUACCGCACCCAAACCUACCAUCUACCGAAGACAGGGAAGACGUUAACAGUAGUAAUAAUGCCUCUAGUGCUGUGAACAAAGCUUUGGGAAACAGCAAGGACGCACGUGUCUGUAGCGAUAAGCUGGCCAUAUUGACUCGAGAGGAUGGACGGCAGCGUAUGCAGAUAGACUGCGCGGCACUGUUUGCCGAUGAAGAAGGGAGUACCGUUAAACUGGGCCAAGAGUGUGGGGUGCGGUGCUGGGCUAUCGACAACUUCACACCCCUGGCCUCGGAUGAGAGCCUGUACGGAGGCUUCUACCAGGGAGAUGCGUAUAUUUUGCUGCACACGUACGAGAAGAGUACCAAGGGGGACCUGGACUAUGAUAUAUGGUACUGGGUGGGCAGCACGGCAAAAGUGGACAAGGCCGCGUGUGUUGCGAUACAUUCGGGUAUGUCCAUACACCGUGGAGAUCAUUGUGGUGAAUUAAUUGCGCACUAG